AUGUCUAACCCAAAUUUACCCUCAAAGCCUACGGAAUCAAGAGUCGGGCGCCUGAACCAAAGAUACAACCCAGAAACCGGGUCCCGCAUGGUUGCGGGUUGUAUCUGUUUGAACGACACCAAAGAGAAGGUUAUCAUGAUCCUGUCCUCCGUCAACAAGGGCAAAUGGGUUUUGCCCAAGGGUGGGAUAGAGCUAGAUGAAGGAGAAGACUAUGUUGUCAGUGCCGUGCGAGAAACAUGGGAAGAAGCUGGGUGUGAGGGCACCAUUACGAGCAAGCUUCCAGUAGUCUUGGACUCACGGGGAAUGAAAGCUCCAGUGUUGCACAAGGGAGACGGAAAGGAGGGCGACGGGGAGUUUGAUCCUAAUAUUGUCAUACCGAAGUCGGAAUUCCACUUUUACGAAAUGAUCGUAAAGGAUUUGCUGACUGAAUGGCCGGAGCAGGCCUCUAGGGAAAGACGAUGGUGCACCUACUCAGAAGCAAAGCAUGAGUUGGUCAAGAGUAAGAGACCGGAGCUCGUUCAGGCUUUGGAUCUGUCGUCCAUAGUCAGGGAUAAUGAGGGUGAAGCCUAUUGA